AUGGCGCACUACAAGGGGGCCGCCAGCGAAGCGGGCCGGGCGGCGCAAUUGAUGAAAAAACGUGAGAUUGCCCAGCAGGAGAUUGAGUUUCGCAAGAAGAAAAUCGAGGAGGAGUUAAAGCUAGACAAGAUUGAAAACAAGUUCGCCGCACAUUAUGACGCCGUGGAACAGCAACUCAAGAGCUCGACCAUUGGUUUGGUCACUUUGGAUGAAAUGAAAGCAAAACAAGAAGAUAUUGUAAGGGAACGUGAAAAAAAGUUAGCGCAGAAGAAAGAUGAGAAAGAACGUGAAAAACAGCGUGCUCUGGAAGCUAUACAGGCGGAGAAAAACAAACAAAAGCGUCAAAUACAAGCUCUCUCCUUCAGCUUCAAUGAUGGUGAAGAAGACGGCGAGGAUGAGAACGAACCAGAGGACGCAGACGACAAUGAAGUUAAAGAAGAGGAUACUCCACCCAAGAAAAAGUGGACAGACCUCAGCGACGAUAACGCACCACCAAAAAAAAAGAAAAUUUUUAAAAAUCCGGAAGUAGAUACAUCUUUUCUGCCGGACCGUGAGCGCGAGGAGCAAGAAAAUCGACUACGUGAACAACUGCGACAAGAAUGGGUGAUGCAACAAGCAGCAUUAAAAGAUCAAGAAAUAACCAUUACUUUCAGCUACUGGGAUGGUUCGGGCCAUAGACGCAGUGUUGUAAUGAAGAAGGGUAACUCAAUAUAUCAAUUUCUACAACGCUGCCUUGAAUUACUGCGAAAAGAGUUCAAUGAACUAAAAACAGUUAUGGCAGAUCAAUUAAUGUAUGUGAAAGAAGAUUUAAUUCUUCCACAUCAUUAUUCAUUUUACGAUUUCAUUGUUACGAAGGCUCGGGGUAAAAGUGGUCCUCUAUUUCAAUUCGAUGUACAUGAUGAUGUACGAAUGAUUAGCGAUGCAACUGUGGAAAAGGAAGAGUCACAUGCGGGCAAAGUGCUGUUACGUUCUUGGUACGAACGAAAUAAACACAUUUUUCCAGCUAGCCGUUGGGAGCCUUAUGACCCAACGAAGACAUACGAUAAGUAUACCAUAAAAGAUAAGAGCAAAAAAUCAUGAAUGGAACCUAAUUCUAGACUACUUAUCGUAUCGGCAUAUCUACGAACUGACUGACAAGUCCUGAGGUUUAUAAAAUAACCGCUACACCGCGAC